AUGCCAAGGAUGCAAAACGCGUAUCCAUUUGCCGCGAGUCUUAUGGAAACUGUUAGAACUUAUCGGCAGACAAUCGAUAAAGUCAAGCAAUAUGAGAAAGAAAUCGCUAUCCUCGUGACCAGUUAUAGACUGAAGUGCAAGCCAAAAUCGCUACCGGUAUCACUUAUAAAUGGGACUACUUU